GUCAGACCGUCUGCCUGCCUCCGACCGCGGUCUCGGAGCGAAACCCGAUCUCCUUGGACUUGAAUGAGGAGGAGGCGGCGGCGGCGGCGGCGGAGGCGCUCGGCUGGGGAGAGCUAGCGGCAGAGGCUCAGCCCGGCGGCAGCGCGCGCCCCGCUGCCGGCCCAUUUCCCGGACGCCACCCGCGGGCACUGCCGACGCCCCCGGGGCAGCCGAGGGGCGGCCGGGGGGCGCAGAGGAGCGCGGCCCGGCGCACUGAGCCCCGCGGCGCCCCGGGAACUUGGCAGCGACCCGAGCCCGGAGAGCCGGGGCGCGCCUCCCCCGCCGCGCGCCUCCUGCAUGCGGGGCCCGAGCUCCGGGCGCCGGCCGGAGCCCCCCCCGGCCGUCCCCGCGCCCUCCGCGCCCCGUGCCGCGCCGCCGCGCCGUCCAUGCACCGCUUGAUGGGGUUCAACAGCACCGCCGCCGCCGCCGCCGGGCAGCCCAAUGUCUCCUGCACGUGCAACUGCAAACGCUCUUUGUUCCAGAGCAUGGAGAUCACGGAGCUGGAGUUUGUUCAGAUAAUCAUAAUCGUGGUGGUGAUGAUGGUGAUGGUGGUGGUGAUCACGUGCCUGCUGAGCCACUACAAGCUGUCCCCACGCUCCUUCAUCAGCCGGCACAGCCAGGGCAGGCGGCGAGACGACGCCCUCUCCUCGGAAGGAUGCCUCUGGCCCUCGGAGAGCACAGUGUCGGGCAGCGGAAUCCCAGAGCCGCAGGUCUACACCCCGCCUCGGCCCGCCGACCGCCUGGCCGUGCCCGCCUUCGCCCAGCGCGACCGCUUCCACCGCUUCCAGCCCACGUACCCGUACCUGCAGCACGAGAUCGACCUGCCUCCCACCAUCUCGCUGUCAGACGGGGAGGAGCCCCCGCCCUACCAGGGCCCCUGCACCCUCCAGCUGCGGGACCCCGAGCAGCAGCUGGAGCUGAACCGCGAGUCGGUGCGUGCCCCCCCGAACAGAACCAUCUUCGACAGCGACCUGAUGGAUAGUGCCAGGCUGGGUGGCCCCUGCCCCCCCAGCAGUAACUCAGGCAUCAGCGCCACGUGCUACGGCAGCGGCGGGCGCAUGGAGGGGCCGCCACCCACCUACAGCGAGGUCAUCGGCCACUACCCCGGGUCCUCCUUCCAGCACCAGCAGAGCAGCGGGCCGCCCUCCUUGCUGGAGGGGACCCGGCUCCAACACACACACAUCGCCCCCCUGGAGAGCGCCGUCCUCUGGAGCAAGGAGAAGGAUAAACAGAAAGGACACCCUCUCUAGGAUCCCGGCCGGCUGCGGGUGAGAAGGCAGAACGCUCUGCACUUCUUACAAGAGGAGAGAGGAAGGCGGGUGACACACGGAACACACCCCGUGUGGCCGUCCUCUCCCACCUCUCUGUGUAUAAAUAUUUACAUGUGAUGUCUGGUCUGAAUGCACAAGCUAAGAAAGCUUGCAGAAAACCAUGUUUCUUUGUUGAGCUGUGUCUUGAAGGCAAAAGAGAAAAAAAAAAUUCUACAGUAGUCUUUUUUUUUGUUUGUUUCUAGUUGAGCUGCGUGCGUGAAUGCUUAUUUUCUUUUGUUUAUGAUGAUUUCACUUAACUUUAAAGACAUAUUUGCACAAAACCUUUGUUUAAAGAUCUGCAAUAUUAUAUAUAUAAAUAUAUAUAAAAUAAGAGAAACUGUAUGUGCGAGGGCAGGAGUAUUUUUGUAUUAGAAGAGGCCUAUUAAAAAAAAAAAAGAUGUUUUCUGAACUAGAAGAGGAAAAAAAUGGCAAUUUUCGAGUGCCAACUCAGAAAAUGUGUAUUACCUUGUAAAGAAAAAAAAAUUACAAAGCAGGGGUUUAGAGUUAUUUAUAUAAAUGUUGAGAUUUUGCACUAUUUUUUAAUAUAAGUAUGUCAGUGCUCGUUUGAUGGAAACCUCUCUCGUGUCUGCUGAGACGUGAAGGGAGAAGUGUCGGGAUUCCGGAGCAGACGUCAGGCAGGGGUGAGCCCCCUGCCGCAGAGAGCAGCUCCCCGAGCGGCUGCUUUCCCUGCAAAGUGGAUGCUUCUGUUCAGUGAUAGGUUAUCAGCACGUUAUACAUUCCCUACCGAAGGAAACACAUUUUUUUUUCCCUGUGGGCCAGACAGCCUCUCGAUCACAAACAAAAUAGGAAAGUUACCGCAGAGGCGCCCAGUUCCGGGUGGUGGUUUUGCCCCUUCCCAAGAUGACAAUAAACUGUUACCGAAAGAA